CACAAUCCUUGCCCCAAACCAGUAUCAUCCGCCCAGUCGCUCCAACGAAUCUAAUCAGAGAGAUGGACAAAACUGGCCCGUCCCGGUCCAGAAGGAGUCGGUCCCGGAGGUCGUGCACGCAGAUCACGCCUGAUGGCGAUGUGCGAUCAGUCCAUAGUAGGGAUGAGGAUUGGGAUGUACCUCAGGCACAAAAGAAGCUGAAGGGAAAAGCUAUUCAACCUGAAGGGUCCAAGAGGUCGGAGUUUCAAAGGCUUGGCCAUGAAGGCAGAAAUCAAAACCGGCCUGCCAAAGAACGACUAAGAGUGGAGACAACCCCGUUGAGUGCUUUAAAUCGCCUGGACCGGGUUCACGAGACCCCAUUUCCAAAGAAGGCAAAACUUGAGGUCCCAAAAUUCACUGGGAAGGAGGACCCGAAAAUUCACGUCAAAACCCUCCAUCAAAGCGGGCGGAUGAUGGGUCUUUCCGGGGAUGAGAAAUGUUUGCUUUUCUUUCAAACCCUCCGCGGCCGCGCCACUGAGUGGUUUCAUAACUUAUCGGCCGGUGAGAUCGAUUCUUUCGAUGAGCUGGCCGAGGUGUUCCAGGAAAUAUUCAAGGAAAAUUGCACCAAGAGGAAAAAGUUCACCUACUUGAGCACGGCCGGGCAGAGGGAGCACGAGGAUUUAACGAAAUUCCUCACCCGGUGGAAGGAUGAAGCUGAUAAAGUCGAAGAGAUGGACGACAAAACCGCCAUGUCUCUCCUAGUGUCCGGACUCCGGUCCGGAGAAUUGUAUAAAGAGUUCUGCAGGAGACCUCCCCAGUCAUACCAAGAGGCCUACAACACGGCCUGGGAUUAUGCUGACGCCGAAGCACAGGUGUCAUCUAAAAGGGAAGCCGAGCAGGGCCAUUCCAAAGGAAAAAUUUCCUUGAAAAAGGAAAUUGAACAUCCCGGGAGGGCAAAGGCAGAAGUCAUGGAGGUUAAGCCGGUCAAAUCAGAAAAGAACCCGACCGGCAAGAAACAAUGGACGGAGAAGUAUUGCUCCUUCCACAAAACUGAUUCCCAUAACACUGCGGAGUGUAACAGUGUGAAGGGAGUAACUAAGCAGAUGAUCGAGGCUGGGGAGAUCGAUCAUGAGUAUCUAGCUCAGGCCAAGCAAAAGAAAAACCAAUGGAUCAGGCCUAAAGGGAAGCCGGUCGAACUGAACAAGAAGAAGAAACCACCCGAUAAAGAGCAUUUGCAGGUCAUCUACGGUGGACCGGAAGGGGGAGACUCUGCUUCCCAAAGAAAGAAAUGGGGGCGAGAGCUCUACGUCGGGACGGUGGCCUUAAAUCCCCGGUCAAAACAGGCAAGACGGGAGCCGAUCACCUUUACUGACCGGGACCUCCCCGCCACCGGAGAAGAUCACAAUGACCCCCUGGUUAUAACUAUGGACAUGGGUGGAGUCGAUGUCUCCCGGGUACUCGUUGACACGGGCAGUAGUGUCAACGUUUUGUACUUGGAUGCAUUUAAAAAGCUCAAGUUGUGUCGGACACGGCUUGAGCCAUUAAAGACUCCCUUGUCCGGGUUCACCAAGGACUAUGUUGAAGCUGAGGGGUCAAUCCUUCUGACUUGUGAGUUGGGCACAGGAGACCAUGUCGUCCAGAAACAAAUGGGGUUUGUGGUAGUGAACAUCAAAUGUGUUCAUAACGCCAUCCUAGGCCGACCUGGAAUAAACAAGGUCCGUGGAGUCAUCUCCAUGGCCCACCUCUACAUGAAAUUCUAUACCCCGGGCGGUAUAGGACAAGUCAGAGGAGAUCAAAAGAAGGCCCGGCAUUGCUACUUGGAGGCCGUAAAGAAAAUGACCAAGGCAUUUGAGAGAGUCACUUUGGUCUCUCAAGAAGAAGAGCGGUCGAAGUUAGAGCCGGGUGAUGAAACCGAGCAGAUUGUUCUCCGGGAAGCUUUCCCGGAAAGAAUGGUAUGGAUUAGCAGAGAUCUGCCCGGAGGACUUCGAGAUGAAAUCAUCUCAGUCCUUCAGGAAUAUGCAGAUAUUUUCGCAUGGAGUGUGGCGGACAUGCCGGGCAUUAACCGUUUUGUCAUCUGCCAUCGUUUGGCUGUGAUGGAAGGGAGCCGGCCUGUGAAACAGAAGAAGAGGCACUUAGCGAACGUCCGGAGGGACUUUUUCAAAAUAGAGUACAAACCAAGGACCGCAAUCAAGGGUCAAGCUUUGGCAGACUUCCUCAUCGAACUAACCGGUCUAGAGCCCGAAGCCGGACCUUCUCAUACGGUCGAACCGUGGUGGGACAUGGCUGUUGAUGGGGCCUUUGGGCCGAAGGGAUGGGGAGCCGGUAUAGUCUUCACUACUCCAGAGGGGUUCAAAAUCUACCAUGCGUUGGUUUUCAACUUCAAGCUUACCAACAAUGAGGCGGAGUAUAAGGCACUAACCGGAGGCCCCAGACUAGCCCAGGCACUCGGAAUAAAGAGAAUAAGAAUUCGUUCCGACUCAAGUCUUGUAGUUGGACAGAUCAAUGGCGAGAUGGAGGUCAAAGAGGAGCGUCUGGCCCGGUACGGUGACCAAGUACGAGCACUUCUAAGGGAAUUGGAAGAGUUUCGUUUGACUAGGAUACCCCGGUCGGAGAACACAGACGCUGAUAUGCUUUCGAAGUUAAUGCAAUCAUGCCCGGAGCAUGUGUCGAAGUUGGCUAAAAUUGAGAGUUUAGAUCAACCAAGUACUGAUCGGUUUGAAAUCGCGGCUAUCCAACCGGGCCAGAAUUCGGCAACCGGGAUAAUCGGUGCAGAUGAUGACUGGAGGUACGAUCUCAUGAAAUAUUUGGAGACCGGUCAGAAACCGGAUGACGAGGAACGGGCCAGGAAGGUAGUCCUGCGGGCUCCCCGUUUUCAGGUAAUCGAUGGUCACUUGUACAAACGUGCCAUUGGUGGACCUCUCCUACGUUGCCUUACCAACCCAGAGGCUGAACGGGUAAUAGCUGAGGUGCAUGAGGGAGUUUGUGCUGUCCAUCAAAUAUCUCGCACCCUGGCUCAAAGAAUAAUAUUGCUUGGCUACUACUGGCUGACCAUUGUUGGGGAUUGUGAGCGAGUCUACGCUGAACGUCUCUUCUGGGUCGUCUCGUUCCCAUGCGGUCUUACGGUGCAAAUAAAUCCUUCGUUUCAUUAUUCUCGCGAAGCGAUGUGCACGUUGUUUCAUAACCCCCGGUUCACUGAGUACUUGGCUAGUUCUGGAAUCAAGCACAGCAAGGCCUCAGUAGCUUAUCCACAGGGAAACGGCCAAGUUGAAAAUGCUAACCGGACGAUAGUGGACGGCCUAAAGAAGAGGUUGGGUGAAGAAGGCCAUAAAUGGUUGGGAGCUUUGCCUCACACGGUUUGGGCGCAUAAAGUGACUUCAAGAAGGGCAACCGGAGAAACUCCAUUUGUGCUCACCUACAGAUGUGAAGCCCGGUUGCCAGUUGAAGCGGAAAUUCCAACAUUUAGAGAAACCAUGUACCAGCCCGGUCAGAAUGAGGUCGACCACCUAGCUGAGUUAAAUUUGGUGGAAGAACGAAGGACCCUAGCAGCUGUCAAGAUGGCCGGUUACCAGCAGUCGGUAAAGAGAUAUCACGACAACCGGGUGGGCCCACGGUACUUUCAAGUGCAUGAUGAGGUCUUGCGCAGACGGGAUGCUAGUAAACCUAACGAGAGAGGCAAGUUGGUGCGAAAUUGGGAAGGACCCUAUCGCAUAAAGGCGAUCAUCCGGCCGGGCACUUACCAACUUGAGACUAUGGAAGGUGGCCGGGUUGACCGACAUUGGAACUCUCAUCACUUACGUAAAUUCUUUAGAUAAAAUGUAAUGAGUUCCCUAGGUGUUAAUAAAACUUUGUUCUUUUA